GGGUGUUUUGAUCGUCUGCUAAAGAGUAACUACAAGUAACUACAAGUCAAAUUAAAUAAAAAUAACAUGAAAAGCUAAACACAUACAACUAAAAAUUUAUUUGGUUAUGAUAAAAAAUACCAAGAGAAUGUUUGUUAAAUCAUUCAGCAACACUAGAAAACCCAGCUUCUGCAUUCCUCGCUUGGAAAAAGUUUCUUGGGUGGAAAAACUGUCUCGCUACACCUCCACAACAAACAGCCACGUGACAUGCAGACGCGCACAAUGUUAUAAAGAUCAUAAGUGUUCACUAGAAGAUGUCAGUAGAUCAGAAGGGAGAUAUGUGUCCCAGUCCCAGCGGUAAAGAAGCCAAAACAACACCCCGUAUGCCGAAGCCAGAAACUGAAGCUCGUCUGCUACAUGGUGGUGGACCAUCAGCUUCUGAAAUGCCCAAAACCACUUUGUCAGUAAAUGCUCCGGUAUUCGUUCCAAAGAACUAUCCACCAGAACCUCCACAGCCAGCUGUCCUGCUUUCGGCAUCUGCACCUGUAUUUGUGCCACGAGGAAGUUACCCUGACUAUGUCCCUCAUCACAGUUCACCACAUCAGGAGCAAGAAUGCAUCAGCCAAGAGUUUGAGCAGAUGAGUAUGAGAGCAGAUGCUCAGGAAGUGAGCUACCUGUUAAACGAAUUCACCAGAACGAUGGCUAUUCUGCUUACCAACCCAGGAAAUAUGAUUGAGUACAUGCGUCCUCUCUGUGAAAAACUAAGAAGUGCAGAAACAGAAGACAUUUUGCAUGAAGUCAUUCUCAUACUUUAUGAACAGAGUAUCACAGAACCAAACUUUCGCUAUACAGGUGCUCGUGUGUGUCAUUACAUCACAAGCAAUCUGAAGGAUCAUGCCAUUUUUUCUCGAUUUAGGGCAGAAUUUUUGAAAAGAUGUAAUGUUGAUUAUACAAACCGAGAGCAACUGUUGAUGAAUGAGGAAGAGGGACUGCAUAGACUUUGUGGUCUCACCCUCUUUAUGGGAGAGCUGUUCCUCAAUUACACAGCUGCAGGCUCUGAGAAGAUGGAGUUCCUGCCAAAAGUGCUGACAGACUUACUCAGAACAUUACUGUCACAGCCCACAGAUAUCACAGUUAAAACAGUUUGUCAACUUCUCAAGUUGGCAGGCGGUCCGACAGAAGACAUGGUAAAUGUUAAUCCAACUGAUGCAAAAAAUUUUCAUGAAGUGUUCAUCACUCUUUCUCAGCUACAAGAUGCCCCCUGCAUUUCAAGCAACAUGAAGCAUUUAGUCAAGUCUGUAUUGAAUCUCCGACAAAGCAAAUGGGGACGUGGGGACCCAGCUUCACCACCAUCUUUAGAUGCCCAUUCAAACAGGUUGAACCUGAUGCCACCUAACUUUAUGCAGGCAGAGCCAGUGUUUUAUGACAUGAAUGGAAAGCCAAUCAGUCGAGAGGAAGCAGGCUACCGGGAGGAGGAGGAGGAAGAAGAGGAGGAUCCAGAAAAUCAGUAUAUUCUCAGUGAAGAGGAAGAACAGGAGUUCCUAGCCUGGCAGGCAGAGGUGCAGGGCUGUGCACCAAAUCCACGCUCUUUUCCUGCACAGAUUCCAUCCCAUCAAGGUACAGCUCGACCUCCUCGAGAUAUUCAUCUCAAUAACAUGAGCUAUCAAGACCCUUGCAUAUACCAAGCUUGGUCUACUUCAGUUGAUUCUGUUUCAUACCAAGAAAACUAUUACAAUGACUAUGCUGACAAUGGAUAUGCACCCUACAAUGCAGACAAUGUUCUUGCCAUGAAUGAAGAGGAAGAGGCAGCAUAUGAGGAGUUUCUUUCACAAAGCUAUCAGCUGAACCAAAUGGGGAAGCGAUGAUUAGUAAUUGUUUCUUUCCACUCUAGCAUGUGCAGCGACUGUUCUUCUGCACUAUAGUGCAGGUAACACGUGACUUAAAGCAUUUGUGCGUCUCUUUUGAUUACUUGUAUUGUCAUCUGACAUUCAUUGUGAAUGGUAGAGGUUGUCUGGAAAAUGUACAGAGUUGCUCUUCUUUCUUCUUGUGUGCAUGAAAGAAACAUGCUGAUGCAUGGAUUUGCUAGUGGCUGGUGUCUGAAGAGAAUUGGUUAUCACGUGAAUGUGCUUGUGGGUGUGUGCAUCUACGUGAUCUGGUUCAUAAUGUGCUUUAUAGUCUUACCGUAGUCCACUUUUUCAAAGGACAUGACAGAUGCAGUGAUUUAGUUUCUUAUAGAGUUAUUGUUUUCCUUUAAAUUUCUGAAACUGUCAGUAGAAAUUAUGUAUUUACAGCUUAUUAAUUCUUAACCAAAGUAGCAACAUUUUCACUGAUUGCUACGUUUAAAGAGGACUUGUUUAAUUAGAAUGCCCAGAGCAGUCUGCAAUGCUGUACCAGACAUGAUCAAAACAGAUGUGACUUUGUUGAUCUUGUGCUUCCCAAGCAGAUUUUGAAGAUAUUGAAGUGGGGUAUAAUAAGUGUUGGCAAUAGAGGUGCAUUUAAUUUUAAGCCAUCACAUUUCUACUACUCAGUGGUGUCAUUCCUAUGUUUGCUAGUUUGGAAACUUAAUAUUUCUGACGAGACAAAGGAUUAGAAAAAUCUGUGCGAAAGCAUUGACACAGUUAGCACCAUGUUUAUCAUUUCAAGGCUGAUUUUACAGUGUAACGUUUAUAAAUCUAAAGAUUGUAUACUAUGAAGCUAUCAUGAACUAGUUUUGUCCUCAGUCUUGAGGAGACUUGGUGGGGAAAUGGCAAGGAAUUCUGUUUUUGGAAAUGGGUGUCACGUAUAAAAUUCCAUAUUUGUUGUUUAUAAAAAAAAAACACUUUAGAAGUAUAUGUGCAUGCUUUUCUUUUGCAGAAAUCUAACCCACAUCCUGACUUUAGAAACAGUUGACUGAUUUUAAGUUUGCUGUUCUUAUAUUCUCAUAUUUUGACUUGUGUCAAUCACCAAAGCCAAAGUAACUUGCUCCUUCUUUGGUGCGAUAGUAGAUUAACAAUCAGUUGCUUCCCUGGUUAGUAAAUGCUGUAAAUAGGACUGCAGUCUCCAUGUUGGAAUUUCAGUUUUGGUUUUACUUUGCAUCAUGUUGCCUAAUGUUCCACUUUGGGCUUUUUUUUUUAGUUUGCAGUCUUAAGAGUUGCAAGAUCAUAAACUGUCAGAAAUAUAAUCAGGGUUAAAGGGAGGGAAAAAGACUUUAGGGACUUGAUGAGUGUUUCUUUGAAGCUGCAGUAGACAUAAUGAAGAUUUCUUUCUUUGUGCUAUAGCAGCAUUGAGCAAACACGCGACAAGUUUCUAAGUCAUUGCCACAGUCUAUCCAGCCAACUUUUAAAAAAACAGUAUUUUUAGAGUAAGCUGUGCCUUAUGUUUUUUAGCAUUUGGCACAAUUAAAGCACCAAGUUCAACGAAACAUCUUUUGAGACACUCCAUUCUGACUUGCAGCAAUAAUCUUAGUAGCCUGUAGCACAUUCUAGUCGGUUAUGUGCAAUUUUCCUCAAGAGCUUUUUGUAGUCUUUUUAAAUAUAAUUAUAAGAUCUGCAGGAAAUGUCUGUUGAACUGCCUUUGUGAAGGUAUCAGAAGUAACUUCAUGGUCACAAGUAGAUCUCUACAUCUCAAGACAACAUUAUGUACACACUGUCAGUGAACCGAAAAGCACUAAUUCUGUAUCACAUAAUCCAAGCACCGUGAGUGUAUUGGUUAAACUAAGAGUCUUUUUUUGUUGACUUCAUCUUCAUUUUGUCCUGGUCAUUGACAUGAAUUGUAUUUCACAACCAUCUGUAAGUUGUUUCCCCCUUGAUUAAAGGUUUUACUUUAAACACUUUAUUCUCUUAGAAAAAAAGUAUUUCCUUGUUGGACACCACGCAUUCUUUACUGUUGAAUGUUUAUGCACUUAUAGUCAUCACUGUCCUAAAGUUCCUGGAAAAAAAGGCAGCUUAUAGUUACAUGUUGCUCGUAUGUUGACCUUCCUAAAAGUGGUAUAAUGGUGUAAAGUUACAAAUUCAUCUUGAAGCUAAAUAAAAUCUGACCAGUGAAAUUGAA